CAUUCCCAUCAUCAGUCUCAUCCGUGAUUAUCAACGUGCAUAUUGCAUGAGCAAAACUAAGCAGUUUAGCAUUAUUAUGAAAAAUUAUUAUAUCAGAUUACUACUCCAAUACUGUCAGAUUAUAAACAAUGAUAUCAGAUUACUACUCCAAUACUGUCAGAUUAUAAACAAUGAUAUCAGAUUACUACUCCAAUACUGUCAGAUUAUAAACAAUGAUAUCAGAUUACUACUCCCAUACUGUCAGAUUAUAAACAAUGAUAUCAGAUUACUACUCCCAUACUGUCAGAUUAUAAACAAUGAUAUCAGAUUACUACUCCCAUACUGUCAGAUUAUAAACAAUGAUAUCAGAUUACUACUCCCAUACUGUCAGAUUAUAAACAAUGAUAUCAGAUUCCUACUCCCAUACUGUCAGAUUAUAAACAAUGAUAUCAGAUUACUACUCCCAUACUGUCAGAUUAUAAACAAUGAUAUCAGAUUACUACUCCCAUACUGUCAGAUUAUAAACAAUGAUAUCAGAUUACUACUCCCAUACUGUCAGAUUAUAAACAAUGAUAUCAGAUUCCUACUCCCCUACUGUCAGAUUAUAAACAAUGAUAUCAGAUUACUACUCCAAUACUGUCAGAUUAUAAACAAUGAUAUCAGAUUCCUACUCCCAUACUGUCAGAUUAUAAACAAUGAUAUCAGAUUCCUACUCCAAUACUGUCAGAUUAUAAACAAUGAUAUCAGAUUACUACUCCCAUACUGUCAGAUUAUAAACAAUGAUAUCAGAUUCCUACUCCCAUACUGUCAGAUUAUAAACAAUGAUAUCAGAUUACUACUCCCAUACUGUCAGAUUAUAAACAAUGAUAUCAGAUUACUACUCCCAUACUGUCAGAUUAUAAACAAUGAUAUCAGAUUACUACUCCCAUACUGUCAGAUUAUAAACAAUGAUAUCAUAUUACUACUCCCAUACUGUCAGAUUAUAAACAAUGAUAUCAGAUUACUACUCCCAUACUGUCAGAUUAUAAACAAUGAUAUCAGAUUACUACUCCCAUACUGUCAGAUUAUAAACAAUGAUAUCAGAUUCCUACUCCCCUACUGUCAGAUUAUAAACAAUGAUAUCAGAUUACUACUCCAAUACUGUCAGAUUAUAAACAAUGAUAUCAGAUUCCUACUCCCAUACUGUCAGAUUAUAAACAAUGAUAUCAGAUUCCUACUCCAAUACUGUCAGAUUAUAAACAAUGAUAUCAGAUUACUACUCCCAUACUGUCAGAUUAUAAACAAUGAUAUCAGAUUACUACUCCCAUACUGUCAGAUUAUAAACAAUGAUAUCAGAUUACUACUCCCAUACUGUCAGAUUAUAAACAAUGAUAUCAGAUUACUACUCCCAUACUGUCAGAUUAUAAACAAUGAUAUCAGAUUACUACUCCCAUACGGGCCUCCCAUUCAAUGA